AGCGGCCCGUUGGAAAGACAGAAGCAGCCAGCCAUUGUUAUUGUUGUUGACCAUCGCUUCCUGUGACGUUCUUGACCCUAAUCACCGCCUGAGACGUGCCCAGAGGAAGGCGUCUUGCUGGCCAUGGCUGGGGAUGAAUAUUUUGCUGCUAAAGGCUCCCUCAAGUUGAAAGGCGUGGCAGAAACAGGGAUUAAAAAGAAGAAAAAGAAGAAGAAGGACAUGGAGAAGGAGAUGGCUGCCAGCAUCCGGCGCAGCACCACCAACUCCACUCCUGAAAAGGAAGGAUCCAGCUCUGGGUCCGCCUCUCGCAACUACACUGAAGCAGAGCGCAGAUUUAUGGAAAGACAAAGAAAAAUGGAAGCUGAUAGAAUCCUGAAGAAGGCAAGCAAGACUCAUAAAGAAAAAGUAGAGGACUUCAACAGGCACCUGGACUCCCUCACAGAACACUUUGACAUUCCCAAGGUGUCGUGGACCAAGUGAAGCGUACUUUGCCAGAUUUUACUCGGGACUUCCCUGCGGUCAAGUUACUAUUGUGACAAUGUAAUCCACCAAGCAUACAAAAAGUGUCUUGUUUUGUUCUACAUUUUGAUUUUAUGGUGGUUGAGGAACUUCAAAUAAUGGUUGAAGCAUGUCAGUCCACUCUCAACUAUGAUUUCUAGAUUUACUCCUUAAACUUCAUAUGUAUCCCUCCUCAUUAUUAGAAUGCCAAACAUUACCAUAGUCAUACCAGCAAGCAGAUUAAAUUGCUAUUAAAUUAUAUUAGUAAGUCAGCUUUGUUAUAUUUAUGAAAUACCUGUUAUAAAUGUAUACAGGUAGUGCAGUACCUGUUAAGGCAGUGUAACACUGCCCAAAAUUUGACGAGCAACAAGCCGUUGCUGGGGAGCAUCCUUACCCUUUGAGGAGCAGCAAGCAAGCAACCUCAGAUGUAAACAUAGUCCCAGCCAUGGCACUAACUACCUCUAUGAACUGUGAUGAAGUAAGCAACUGGGACAGCAUUGCUUGGCAUGAAGACAAUAAGGGAGGAGGAGCAUGUGUGUUUGGGGUUCAUUCCUGGCCAAGCAAGAGCCAAGGCAUUUACGAGCUAGUGAUGGAAAUGAGUCUGGAGAGUAAUUUUUUCCACUAUUACCAUCAAAGACUACUUUUUGCUAGAGAAUGCAGAACAGAGCUCCACAAGACUCAUCAGCUUGCAUUCAUCUUGUGUGCUGAGGUGGCCAUGGCCAGUGUUAACAAACAUGCUUAACAGACUCCAUAUAAAGUUUGACGCCAUUAAAAAGUUAUUUGCUGUGUAUAUGGAUAGUGUAAUUAUGCAACAUGCUAAAGUUGUGUGCUAAUGAGUUCAUCAAGUGGUCAUUGCUUGCUGAGCAGCUCCCCGCUCAGGUGGCGCCACACUCGCCAGCCAGAUCUCCCGAUUAAGGCGUCUGGCGUGCAAGUGUUCGCUGCUUGAGCUCGUCAAAUUACGCGGUGUGAUGCCGCCUUUAACAUACGGUUAAUUGUAUUGUUCCAUAUUGCUUAUGGUGGAUAAAUUUCUAUAUCCUAGAGAA